AUGGCGCGAAAUGCAGAAAAAGCGCAGUCCAUGCUGUUUCGCUUCCGCGCACAACAAGCAUCUGACCUCGGAAUCCUCGACACCUCCCGCACGCCCCGCCCAAAAGGCAUAUCUCAUCAAACCGACGUCUCCGUCUGCGAGCGCUGGCGCGGACAAGUGCUAAAAGAAAUCUCCAGAAAGGUCUCCAAAAUCCAGGAUCUGGCGCUCAGCGRCUACCAAAUCCGCGACAUCAACGACGAACUCAACAAACUCUUUCGCGAAAAAUGGCAUUGGGAGGUACGGAUCAGAGAGCUGGGAGGGCCGAACUACAUGCGGGGGGGUGGGAAGAUGGUGGAUGAUGAAGGGAGAGUUGUAGAGGGUGGAGGAAAAGGGUACAGGUAUUUCGGUCGGGCAAGGGAGUUGCCUGGCGUGAAAGAGCUGUUUGAGGCUGCUACGCAGAAGCCGGAGAAGGAGAAGACGGAGACAAGAUACGAUCUGCGGGCCAAGGUUGAUGCAGGAUACUAUGGAUACAAUUUGGACGAAGAAGAUGGAAGUUUAUCGAAGUAUGAAGCGGAGAAGGAGAGGGAGGCAUUCGAGAGGCUUAUGGCCGAGGAGGACGAGAUGAACGAUGCAGAGUGGGAGGUACUGCCUGGAGACGCUGGUGAUGGAGUGAGCUGGAAACUACCGUCUGCGGAGGAGGUCGAGGCCGAGCUGCUGGAGAGGCGCAAGCGGAAGUUGCUUGACAAGCUUUGA